AAUACUUAAAAAGCUACGGAAUUGUUGAUUAACUAUUAGUAUUUGUAUUCCGUGUCCUUUAUAUUUUUUUCUUGAAGAAGAAGAAGAAGAAGAAGCUGUCAUAGUUACAGACUGAAAGAAGCAAGAGAAAAUUCCUACAAAGAACUGAACGCUGCGUUUUUGCGUCGCGGUCAUGGAGGAAAUGUACGGAGUACCGUCGACGGUGGAAUACGCCGACAAAUCCCUGAUGACGCCGGAGAAUCUGAUCUUCGCGGCGGACUACCACAGUUUCCUCAUGUCUACUUCAUCCGCUAACCGGAUUCCUAUGUUCGGAUCCGACGAUAUCUUCUCGGCGGAACCCUCAUCAGCCGCAAUUCAAGAUGACGUGGCAUCUAGCGUUAUGAAAGCUAAAAUCGCUUCUCACCCUUACUACCCUCGCCUCCUCCAAGCUUACAUCGAUUGUCAGAAGGUUGGUGCUCCUCCUGAAAUCGCGCGUUUGUUAGAGGAAAUCAGUAGAGAAAAUGAUCAGUAUAAGAGAGACGUUGUUGUUUCCACGUGCUUUGGAGCCGAUCCCGAGCUUGACGAAUUUAUGGAAACUUACUGCGACAUGCUUGUGAAGUAUAAAUCAGACCUUACUCGUCCUUUUGACGAAGCAACAACGUUCCUCAACAAGAUUGAAACGCAACUCAGUCAUCUCUGUACUGGUGCUUCAGUUCCCACUCCUUCUGAUGAUGGUGGUGCAUCUUCGGACGAAGAUGUUAGUACUGGAGAGGGUGAUUUUCAAGAUGGACAAUCAAGGGGGGAAGAUCGUGAGCUCAAGGAUAGGCUUUUACGCAAGUUUGGGAGUCACAUUGGCACUUUGAAAUUGGAGUUUUCAAAGAAAAAAAAGAAGGGUAAGCUUCCCAAGGAAGCAAGACAAACACUACUUCAAUGGUGGAAUGUUCACUACAAAUGGCCUUACCCAACGGAAGCUGAUAAGAUUGAACUGGCCAAGUCAACAGGGCUAGAUCAGAAGCAAAUUAACAAUUGGUUUAUUAAUCAAAGAAAACGUCAUUGGAAACCAUCUGAGAAUAUGCAGUUUUCUACGAUGGAAAAUUUUACCGGAAGGUUCCUUGGUGAAGAAUGAGAUGGAUUUCCAUGACAUUCUCCAAUGUAUAUGUAUAUUCCUGGGUAAUUAUUGCUGCUAUUAUAUUUUGUAAAUGCUUAAUUAAAAAGCAGAUUACUGACCGUAAACUGCAUAUUCUUGCUGAAUAACUGCUGACGUUAUGAAUGAAUGUUUAUACUUUUUUCUCGCA